AUGAGUAAGAGUGCGCAACUUGGAGAAAUAACUACACUGUCCGGAGGAGCGAGCGUGUGCGUCUCCGUGUGUGUGCGUGACGAGCCGCUGUCUGUGCGCAGCUGAAGCCAGAAGCAUGGAUUUAAUGAAAAGACGCGCUCAGGUCUCCAUCAUCGUUUUGAUCAUGAGCAGUGCCUGGCAAACUUUAUGUGACAGAAUCCAAGAAGACGAAACUUUCACAGAUCUGUUCCUGACUCACCUGGAAGACGACAACCAAAUUGCCUCUUGUGACUUUGAGUCGCCGUGCCCUUGGACUCACAGCGACUGGAUGGUGGUGUCUCCGCAGGAACUCGAGAUCUCGAAGCCUGGAUUGAUGCCUGCGACAGACUACUCUGAGGGAAGAGCUGACGGGCACUUCCUCCUCCCGAGCUCCUCGCCUGAUGGGAAAUGUGAGCACCAAAUAACCAGUCCAGACCUGCCUGGAAGCAACAGGCAGUGCAUCUUACAGGUGGCUCUGUAUGAGGCCGGGCCAACGGUGGGGAACCUCACGGUCCAGAUCAAACUAGUUGUGUCGGAUUUGAUCAUCCGCUCUGAGGUUUUAAACGACAGGAGACCAGGGAACCACAGGGUGAAGUGGGAGGUCCUGGAGGCUGAGAUUGGUCAGGUGGAUGAACCUUUUAGGGUGACCCUGCUCUACACUUCCUGUGUGGGCGAAGGUGAUGUGGCUCUGGACUCUCUGCACUUCAUAGACUGUGACUCAGGUGAGUUCUUGUUCUAUGAUGAUGAUGAUGAAGACGUUAACCUGGACGUAGCUUGUGAAAAAUCUUUCCACUGUGAAAACUCGGACAGCUGCAUCGAUCGGAGCCAAGUGUGUAACUUCCACACGGACUGUCCUCUGGGUGAAGACGAAGGCCUAAUCUGUGAUGCUCUUCCCCUGGGCUCAUACUGUUCGUUUGAGCUGGAUUCAUGUGGUUGGUCUGCAUCCCAUCAACGCUCAGGCUGGAGGAGGGUCGCUGGAGACGAGCUCCUGGAGAAAGACGACAUGCAGGGCGUCUCUCUUCAGCGCACACCAGGACAUUUCUUGUUCCUGCAAGUGAAAGAGAGUAAUUCUCUUCAAGAGGCGUCAAUUCAGAGCUCUUCUUUCCCUCGUCCUAUCUCUACCACCGCCUGCCAGAUGCAUUUCUCUUUGUAUCUACACGGUGGUUUCAACGGUUCAUUGCAAGUGGCUAUAGAAGAAAACGGGACGAACGCUGCACUUCUGGUCUGGGAGAGACACGGUCAGUGGACGGACGACUGGGAGGCAGUCGCGCUGGAGCUGAGAGGCCUUAAUCAUGGGUUUCAUGUAAAUGUUAAAGCUGCGUGGGGACGAGGAUCCAGGGCUGAUCUCGCUCUCGAUAACAUCGCCAUCGGAGCAGCCUGCUUCAGCACCAAUCUCAACUCUCUGCUGCAAAUGGACAACUCGGAUUUCAUGAACCCACUCCCAGAACCUUCAACCACAGACAUUUCUCUGCUGACCUGGUGGUUUAACUCGUGUGGUGCCAGCGGCCCCCAGGGUCCAACCCAAGCCCAAUGUGACAGCACCUACAGGAACAAAAACGUCAGUGUUACUGUGAGGAAGGAAGGCCCUUUGAAAGGAGUCCAAAUAUGGAAGGUGCCCGCUACUAACCGAUACCUUAUCUCAGCGUACGGAGCUGCAGGAGGAAAAGGAGCCAAGAACCACAACAAACGCAACCACGGAGUGUUUAUAUCCGCCAUAUUUCCUCUGGAGAAAGGAGAAAUACUUUAUAUCUUGGUGGGCCACCAAGGAGAAGACGCAUGCCCCGGGAGGCACCCCCUUACACAGAAAAUCUGUCUGGGAGAGUCAUCUGUGAUUGAGGACAGCCGCAGGUCUGAGAUGGGUGCAGGCUGGGCAGGUGGAGGAGGCGGUGGUGGAGGAGCCACUUACAUCUUUAAGAUUGAGGGUGAGGAGCUGGUGCCUUUGCUGAUCGCAGCUGGUGGAGGAGGAAAUGCAUACCUGGAGGACCCAGAGUCUACGCUGGACUCCAUGCCUCUGGAGCAGUUUGAGAACAGCACCGCAGCUUCUGGCACCAAUGGUCGAACUGGUGCUGCAGGUGGAGGGGGUGGAUGGAGGGACAGUCCCAGUCUUCAUCUCAGUGCCGGCAGAUCUCUGGUGGAGGGUGCAGUGGGGGGAUCUUCAUGCCCUCUAGCUCUGGCUAAACUCAAAUGGCCAACCUUUGGAGGUUUUGGAGGUGGAGGUGGUGCCUGCACAGCUGGGGGUGGUGGAGGAGGAUAUAGAGGCGGUGAUGCAGCGCUGACGGAUGAGAUCACAGCAGACGGGCAGAACGGGGUUUCCUUCAUGCAUCCGAUGGGAGAGAUCUUUUUACAACCUCUGGCAGCCAUGGAGGGUCACGGCGAGUGUGAGAUCAAGGUGCAGCUGAACUGCAGCCACUGUCAGACGCAGAGCUGCAAACGGGAUGAAGAUACUCACCUCAUCCUCUGCCUCUGUGACGACGAGGAAUUCCUGGCUGGUGACAACGUGACAUGCAUUGGCGCUGCGGCUCCGCCUAACUCAGAACCCCAGAGUCAGCUGUCCAUGUCCCUGAUCCUGGCUGUGGUGAUCUCCACCAUCGCGAGCAGCGUCGCUCUGAUCUGUGCAGGUGUCGUCCUCAUGUGGUACCGCAGGAAGAACGACCUGCACGCGGUGAGGGGGCGUCUGCAGAGCCCAGAGUACAAGCUGAGCAAGAUCCGCUCCUCCACCAUCAUGACGGACUACAACCCCAACUACUGCUUCGCCGGCAAGGCUGCAUCGCUCAACGACCUGAAGGAAGUUCCCCGCAAGAACAUCACACUCCUCCGGGCUCUUGGCCACGGCGCUUUCGGGGAAGUCUAUGAAGGACAAGUUUUGGGAAUGAUUGCUGAUGGAAGUCUGAUGCAAGUGGCCAUAAAAACUCUUCCAGAAAUCUGCUCCGAACAAGAUGAAAUGGAUUUCCUAAUGGAGGCGCUGAUUAUGAGCAAGUUCAGUCAUGAGAACAUUGUCCGCUGUGUCGGCGUCAGCCUGAACAUCCUGCCACGCUUCAUCUUACUGGAACUGAUGACUGGAGGAGACAUGAAAACCUUCCUGAGACAGAACAGGCCACGAGUGAGCCAGACCUCCACGCUCACCAUGCUGGAGCUGCUGCAGAUGGCCCGAGACAUCGCCUGUGGCUGUCGAUACCUGGAGGAGAACCAGUUCAUACACAGAGACAUUGCUGCCAGGAAUUGCCUGCUAACCUGCUCUGGAGCAGAGAGAGUGGCUAAGAUUGGGGACUUUGGCAUGGCUCGGGACAUUUACAGGGCCAGUUAUUACAGGAAAGGUGGCCGUGCCAUGCUGCCUGUGAAAUGGAUGCCCCCUGAGGCCUUCAUGGAGGGAAUCUUCACCUGCAAAACUGAUACCUGGUCAUUUGGGGUGCUGCUCUGGGAGAUACUGUCUCUGGGUUACAUGCCUUAUCCUUGUAAAACCAACCAGGAGGUUCUGGAGUUCGUCACCAGCGGAGGCAGGAUGGAUCCUCCUAAAAGCUGCCCGGGGCCUGUUUAUCGGCUCAUGACCCAGUGUUGGCAGCACUGUCCUGAUCACCGACCCAACUUCUCAACUAUCCUGGAGAGAAUCAACUACUGCACUCAGGACCCCGAUGUGAUAAAUACGCCCCUACCUGUGGAAUACAGUCCUAACACCGAGGAUGAUGGAAGCAUUGCGAUGCGUCCUCCUGCCGCUGCCUCUCACAUCCUCAAUCCACUGCUGGUCUCUCAUCCCAUUUGUCAGGAUUUGCCUCCCCAGCUGGGUUUCUCCCCCAAGGGCUUCACAGCACCUGUCCUCCCCCCACAGCCCACCAAACCACGUCUUCUCCUGCAGAGAACCCACCCAGUCCACCAUGAGGUGACAUCAUGCUGCGAGCUGCUGGAGCCGUCCUGGGCUGAGACCGUUCCCGCUCCCGGACACGUCCUCCACCCUGAGCCUCCCCAUCACCCACCCUGCUCCAGGAACAGCUCCUCCUCAGGGAGCCAGAGGCUGAAGAACAAGACGAAGAACCUCUGGAAUCCAACAUACGGUUCGUGGGUCUUGGAAAGCUUCAGGGGGAAGAAGACACUGGUCCACACUCAGUCUGUGCCACUCUCUAGCAACACCCCCAACUCCCAGUCCUGCAGCUCGGCUACAGAGAACAACAAGGCUGUUUGUAGCAGCACCUACCUCAGCUCCAUUUCCUCUUCCACCUGCCAGAUUCAGGCAGCCCCAACAUCCCAAAAAACCCCAGCGGGUGCCACUUCAAACCCUGGGAUGAACCUGGCGAAGCUCCAAAGUUUCCCCUGUGGGAACGUCAACUACGCUUACGAUGACCAGAGCUACGAGGCGGAGAGCCUGCCGAUGGUUACGUCCAAAGCCUCAGAAGCCAUCACAAACACCAGCUCUGCUCUGGGUGUUCCUCCAGGAACCUGCCUCAGUCUGACACCAGGGUUUCAUACCUCCUCAUCCUCUAUGCCUAAACUCCUGCUGAAGCGCCACAGCAGUUGCGGACACGAGGACAUGAAGAGAUGUACCAAAACCGAGAAGCCCACACGUGAUCGAGACUCUGGCUUCUCUCUGUCUGAAGACCUCAGCGUCGCCCACAUCUAACGAGGGUUUGGAUUAAAAUAUGAACAACCAGAAACCUAACGAAAGGACUCAAAAACAGAAUAUGGCCAUCGGAUAAAACUAUUACAGCUCCUAGAAUGCUGGAAAACACCGA